AUGGGUGUUACAAUUAACAACGAUACAAUUGUGCCUUUAAAUAUUGUAGCUAUUCACAAUUUUCCAAUGUUUAUUAGUUAUAGUAAAUACAUGUGCCUUUUACCUGGAGAGGCUGUCAGAUUUGCUUGCAAACGUACUCCAACUAGGUUUUUUAUCUGGUCAUAUAGUGGACCUAACUCUGAAAUUUCUGAUAAUAGGCUUGCAGCACUGUGUGCUAUGCGCAAUUUUGUUAGCGCUAUGAGUAUGGGUUUAAGCGAGGCUAAACACUUUGUGGCGGAGCGAGUUCUUGAUUUUGCUGCAAUCACAAUUCAAAAUGCUGUUAUGCAUGCGGUAGUCGAUCAUUUAAUCAUGGCUGCAGAAGGUUACGCGUUUACAAAGAUUGCUAGUAUUUGUGCAGAAAAAAUGUUUCUUGACAGGCGAACCAAUCACAAGCAGAUGAAGACUAUGUGGGUUAUCAACUCCUCAUCCAGAACUAUUCAAAUAACAGGCGGGCCUGUACUUUAUGUUACUGAUUGGCACAAGGAAUUGUUUGAUGGUGAAUUCGAGUUGGAAUUGAGCUGA